CGCCCGGCUGUGCACUCUGCACUGAGCCACUGACGGCACUGCCUGCACGCCCCGGCGGCGCCGUGACUGGUCGGGGGGCCGGGCUGGUGAUCCUGUCAGUGUGUGACAGACGGCACGGGAGGCGGUGACUGUGUGUCCAGCCCGAUCAGUGGCGUGUCUGCGCGAUGUAAACACCACGGUUGGCCCUCUGGUCCAAUGGCAUACCCACUCUGAUCUCGUGCAGCCCAUAGUCCCUCCAUCUCUCCGUGAGUGGCGGCGCCAUGGCGGCCGCAGACCAGCCCGUGCCCCGGCCUCGGCCGUCUGUACCUCAUCUGGAGGAGACCGCCCGCGCCUGGCUGGUCGGCCGGCCUGACCCAGCCGCCCUGCUGCCGCCUGACGCUCUGGUGGCCGCCGCCCUCCAACUCCCCUUCAUCACCGUCAACCGCGGCCACGAGCCGGCCAUCGCCACCCUGGAUGACACCGUGGAGCGCGUGGCGUGCCUGCUGCUGGGCGCCCGCCGCCCGCCGGUGCCGCUCCGUCCUCCCGAGUCGCCGGGGGACUGUGUGUGUCAGCGUCUGCCCGCGCUGGCCGUGCGCCGUGUGCUGCUCUCCGGCAGCAGCCGGGAGUGCAGCCAGGUGCUGCUGAUUGAUGGAGAGACAAAGUCCGACCUGGAUGUGAUGUUUGAGCUGGCCGGCGCGGACGUGUGCUGGCCAGGGGAGGCGGAGGUGCCCCCAGAGCCCGGCUCCACACGGCUGUGGGUGCGACCCUCUCAGCAGGAGGGAUUCGUACUGCUCGAGUUCGAACAGCACGCGGAGUGCCGGCACCGGGAGCGGCCGCUGUUCUCGGCCGCCGAGGUCCGGGACCUGCUGAGGGCCCACCCGGCGCUGUUCGGCGGCCGGGAGCCGGGGCGGGCCGGACCGGCGAGCACCACAGCGGUCCGGCCGUACCUGCCGUACCCGUGUGACCUGCUGGUGUGUCUGCCGCUGCGCCGCUGGCCCUCUGAGGAGUACGGCGCGCGGCGCAGGCCGGCUGACUGGCCGCCGCCCGGUCUGGUGCGGGCCCUCUGCGCCACACCCGCUCUGCUGGUACCGGUCGGCUGCACCCCUCAGGAGGAACACCAGUGGCGGCUCUCCUUCUCCCGGCACGAGUACGCCGUCUACCGGGCCCUCACCGACCGCCAGCGCGACUGCUUUGUGCUGCUCAAACACUGCAAGGCGGCGCUGGGAGCGGGAGCCCUGCCGGGGCUCAAGAGCUACUACCUGAAGACGGCGCUGCUGUGGCUGGCCGAGCGGCGCCCGCCGGGGGACUGGGAGGACGUCUACGGCUCGAUGCUGGCCGUGCUAACUCUGGUGUCUGAGGCGGCCGGCCGGGGCAUUCUGUCCUGCUACUUUAACGCCGAGAUGAACGUGCUGACUGGUCGCACUGAGGCCGAGCUGACUGAGCUGGCUGAGAGCGCGGCUUCGCUGGCCGGCCGGCUAACCAGCUGCCUGGCGGCUCUUACCGCCAGCUGCCUGCAGCAGUUUACCGUGGAGCAGCUGCUGGAGAGGCUGCUGCUGCCGCCGGCGCCGCCCCUGGACAUGGGCCGGGAGCUGGCGGAAGGCUGCCGCGCGCCGAUGGUGGAGCCCGACCACGGGGCGGACAUCCUGCUGCUCAGCUGGCUGGACAGAGCGGAGAACGUCGAGCCGGGCGACCCGAUCAACUUCAGGCGGCGCGGCCUAUGUCUGCCGGGUCUGCGGGACAGGUGGCUGGUCGGAGAAAUGGAGGAGAAGUGAGACACGACAUCUUCAGAUGCGCGAGGGCGGCAGGAGAGAUGGGGGGGGGGGGGGUGGACUCACUGGGAUUUUAACAGCAUGCUUUUCCCGGGGUAGAAUAUCAGUAAACCUGCUAGUUUAAUUUUUCUUUUUCUUGUUUGCACAAUUGCAAGUUGUUUGUGCUCGUAAACCUCAGAAGCAUGUUUUUAUUUCCUGCUAUCACCCAGUUUAGUCCACAAACCGUCUCGAUAAAUAGUGCUGUGAAUUAUUUCUGCUGUUUUAAAAUUCAUGCGAGAUUAUGCGUGGCUGUCGAUGAAUAUCAUGACUCUUUUUACUUGA